ACCUAAACAAAAACAAACAAAAAAAUAGAAAAAUUUCCCCAAAAAAAAACAAAAAAAAUUAAAUUCCUUUAGACCGUAGAAAUUCAAGUUUUUGGUAAACGAAGCGUUAGCCAAAUGCCUGCGACUGAGAAACGGCAAUUGGCCGCUCUGAGCGGCAGCAGCAGCAAUGAGUCUGCGUCGCAGCCGAAGCCAGCAGCGCAGCCAGCGUUAAGCGUAGCCAACAGCGUGGCUUCGAACUGCCAGCAGGCAGUUUAUCCCACGCUGCGGCUGCGCCUGCGUGAUAAAGCAGAGCAUAACGGUAAUGGCAGUGGCAGUGGCUGCUCGCAAACGCGUCGCGCCGCGGUCACCGAACCGCGCUGGCAACAAAAGCCACAGCAGACGCCGUCGACGUCGCCAACGCCGCCGCCAACGCCCUCAGUGCUCAGUCCCAAGCGCUUGGAGUCCGGCAGUCUGUACAGCGUUCCAUCCCAAUCCUAUCGACAGCAGCAGCAGCAGCCGAGCAACUACAGCAGCGACAGCCGCUUGCUUCAGACGCUGCGCUACAGCUUCGUUAGCUCGGUCAAGCAGUCGCAGCUGCAGACGCAGCAGCAGCAGCUGCAACAGCAGCUGAUGAAUCUAAUUCCGCUGCAGCCGCACAAUAUGAAUGCGCGUGAGCUGAAGUCCUUUCAGCGUCGGCUCUCGUUCGAGGAGUGGCUAACGGCCAAAAAACGCGAAGACAUGCAGCGAAAACGCGAUACGCGACGCGAGGAACAUCGACUGAAUCACUUGCAAAAGCUGCGUCAGCAAAUGUCGCAAAAGUGCUACAAGGACUGGUUGCAUGCCAAGCAGCAGCGUCAGCUGAGCUGCUGCCUGCCCACGGUGCUGGUGGAGAGCAGAGCGCGCAGUCAGCGCGCGGCGACGCAGCAGCGCUUCGAGGACUGGCAGCGGCGCAAGGACCAUGAGCUGCUGCGUCAGCGGCAGCGACAUGAGCGCGAAGAGCUGGAGCGACGUGUGCUCGCCGAGCUGCGGCACAAGCAGUCGCAGCUCGCCUGGCAGCGCUGGCUGGCGCAGGCAGAGGCCAAAACCAAAGGACAAGAGCAGCCGCCGCAGCAGCAGCAGCAGCAGCAGCAGCAGCAAGUGAAGCCGACUGCGAAUAUCAAAGGCAAAGGCAAAGGCAAAAGCAAAUUCGAUGCUAAUGCGCCGCUGCUUUAUAUAAAACCAAUGCGACGUGCCCAGCUGCUGGAGAAGACACAAUCGGCGCUAUACAGACGCACCGCGUUGUCCUUGCUGCCGCUGCGGCAGCAGCAGGCACAACAGGAGGCAUUCUAUCUGCAUGUGCCACUGUCGGCGGCGCAGCGCGCGCUCCGCGAACGCUUGGACAGCAUCGAUGGUGUGCAAAUGCAGCGAAAACGCAAAUAGUGUGCCCAGUCUCCAGUUCACACUUCAUCUUCGCUAGCUGCACAUUCCCAACUGUUUUCUGUUCUUUACUGUGCCCAGCAAAAUCCCCACCACACAAUUAUUUUGGCCAACAAUAAAAAUUGCAAAAUAUUCACAA